UAGUGAAAGCACACUGAGACAGACGGAAAGCGGAACCUUUAUUGUAAGUGUUGGAGUCGGACGUCAAAAGGUGACGCACCACAGUGACAGGCAGCAAUAUGGAAGAGCAGGAGAUGCAAAUAAAAGUAAAGAAAGUAACGGAUAAGUUCACUGAAAGCAUGUAUGUUCUUGCCAAUGAGCCCUCUGUGGCAUUAUACCGCCUUCAGGAGCACGUCCGCAGGUCUCUGCCAGAGCUAGCACAGCAUAAAGCUGAUAUGCAGAACUGGGAAGAACAAAGUCAAGGGUCAAUAUACACAGUGGAAUAUGCCUGCAGUGCUGUCAGGAGUAUGACAUUCAGCAGUGUUCACUUCAAGAGCGUUGAUGGGCUUCUUAAACAAGCCAUCAACCUGAAGCAUCAGCUAAAUGCAGUUCAUAGUCGGCGGUAGCUUCUGUCAGAGACUUUAAGAACACUUCCUCUUCCCUGCACCUUUAAUUUUUAGAUAUGUUGAACUGAAUAAAUUGUGAGGGAAAAUGUUCUUCUACAGAAUCAGCUUAUGAAAAACGCAAAAAUUUCUUGCUGCUAUUCUCCUUUAAAAAAUAAUAUAGCAGCUACAGGAAAUCAAAAGAAGCAGAGAGAUUUGGAGGGCAAAUUGUAUAAAGAAAUGUAAAGUGUUUUAGUAAACCGUUUAUAAAGAUUUCAUGUAGACAGUGUGAAAAUUCUAACAAUUUAAACUGUAAACAAAAAAGGUAAAUAAAGUUAUGGACAAGUCUUGAUGAUUAUAUUGUGAAAUAUAAUAUUACAACAUGUUUAUGAUGAUGUUUAGAGAAGAAAGAUAGUUUUCUAUAAAUUAUCAAGAUUGGUGCAAAUUAUAAUAGAGCAGUAAUUCACAGCAAACAUUCUGACUUACCUUUGAACAAUCUUUUACAAUUUAAAAAACAAAAACAAAGACAUUAGUUGCUAUGGGUAACUGCACUGAUGCAAGUUAGCACCUUUGUUAAAUAAAUAAAUUAUCCCCAAGGUCUUCCAUAGCAAAUGUUCAUUUGGUUAACAUAUAUAUGUAUGUAAAUUUAAUUUAUUUGUAUGCCUUUUACCAAUGCAUUCAGUGAAACUGUGACUUUUGUGCUCCUUUUUUUUUAAGGAAAAAAUGAAUGAAUUUUAUUCAUUGUUUGCCUGCUAUCAUUACCUUCUUAUUAGACAUCAUUAAUGUCUACAAAGUGGUAAUUACUUUUACCAAUUUUCUUUAAACUAAAGGACAGAAUUAUUCUUUAGGUUAUACAGAUGUGUAUAUUGUUUCUUGAAAAUUUGAAUGAAUAAAGUGUUCAUGUUAAAUUCCUUUUCCAUUCAUACUUCAAAGUAUGACUUUUCAAUGUUUUCUCUGUAACAGAAUGAAAAACGUAUUGCAUGGAAAAAUAACACAGUAAACUAUGACAAUUUUAA